AACUUCCUUCGCAAUAUCAUUAAACAUAUGCAUAUAAUUUUCUAAAAUAUAGUUUAAUUGUAAUAUAUUAACUGUGCUCACAACUGUCUCGAAAAUAUAUGUGAUGUAUUUAAAGGAAAAACUAAGUUUUAUUUUUGUAUGCAUUUGUAUAUUAGAAGCGGCUAAUACGCUAGGCCCUUCUACCAGCUAUGAAAAACCAGAAAUUAUAUCAGCGUACACGACAGUACUUGGCAAAAACGAUAACCAUUCUAUACUUUGUCAAGGAGACAGGCCUUUAAAAUGGACUACGCCUGUGGUGGAGGAAGACAAACAGUCAUGGACCACAAUGAUUACGCUAUCUGACAAACCACUGAACAGCAGUUAUCGCUAUGGCAGCAGACUGCAUAUUAUUAACAUGACUUACCCUUUUGUUGGUUUUUACAACUGCCAUUACGCAGAUAAAGGUGAUACGGAGGAAGAAAGUUCAAGUACAUAUUUAUUUGUCCAUGAUCUCGAACAUUUAGCAGUGAGGAAACUUAAAGAACCGAUUAUUGUGACUCAAAAUAAAGGAGCCGUUAUUCCUUGCAAACCAACAUCGCCUGAUGUACAAGUUAGGCUCAUUAACAGUAGCCUUCUGGACAAUGUGGCCUUACUGCAGAAGACGGUCCCAGAUGAAACUCUUUACGAUUAUGAUCCUAAGUAUGGAUUUUUCACAAGGGAUACAAAAACUCCUGGCAAACAAUCGUUUUACUGUGGGUUUUUGAAGGAACUCAAAUUGGAAUACUUUCCAGUUCUAGUGACCAUAGAAACAUCUAUCAGUCGCUUACCAGCACCACAUCUGAAAGACUUGAACGAAGGUCACACAGAUGUUGGAGGAGAAUUAACUCUAGAAUGUACCAUAUCAGCGAAAAAUGAUGUACAUUUUCACUGGGGAACACCAAGCCAGGCAUUCCGAACGCAUGUCAUAAAAGUAGUGAGACAGGGAGAAUUAUCAGUGGGAACUUUAGUAAUAUAUAACAUUGUAAAAUCAGACAGUGGAACAUAUUUCUGUAAUAUUACCGAUAAUCAACAACACAUUUCUUACUCUAAAGUAGACAUCAAAGUCUUUGAUACGAAUGAACAUUUUCUUACUGUGGAAACAGAAAAUGGCACUGCAAACUCUACAUUGACAUCUGCGGGAGAACCUCCAGUUCAGUGGAACUUAACAGUUAGGGGUCAUCCAAAACCCAUCGUUAAAUGGUUUAACAACAGAAACGAAUCAAUACCAAUGGAAUACGGUAGCAAAUAUGAAGCCUGGUACAAUUCUUCUGCGAGUAGAGCUAUUUUGAAAAUCAAAAACCUUACCAUUACUGAUACCGGUAAUUUCACUUUGUUGGUCGUUAGUAGAGAUAGUGAAAAUAGGAUUUUUUAUCUAAAUGUUACAGAUAAACCAAAAAUGUCUUUAAAUGUAAAGCUCUUCUAUUUACUCAAUAGUAGCAGCACAAUGCAAUGCUACGCUUAUGCUAAUCCAGAACCGCAGUUCCAGUGGUACUUAAAAUUUUGUCAAUCUACUGCCUGCGAUUAUGUACCGGUAAAUGGUACGGUAUCUAAAAUUAACAAAUUUGAAUUCGUAUCUGAAGUAGCCAUCAACGUAACCGAAAACGGACAGUUGAAAUGUUUAGCAAAAAAUUACAGGGGAAUCUCAUCUGUUACAAAAACAAUUUACGUAUCAGAUAUUAAAAAUGGUUUUGAUGUCUUUACUUUGGACAGCGAUGUGGAUAUAAAUGAGGAAGAUAAAGUGGUAACCAUUGCUGAAGGAGACAAAGCUGCGGUAACAUGUGGUGCUUCAAAUCAAAUGUACUCUGAUAUUAACUGGUUGUUUAAUGACAAACUAUUGGUUAAUAAUGACGAAAUCAGGCUUACUAAGAGUAGUACGAAAUAUUCCAACAAACUUGAGUUGGAACUGCAACAUCCAAGUAUUUCUGAUAGCGGAGUGUACAGUUGCAGGAUUACUAACAAGAGUGGAAAAUAUCUGUCGCACAAGAUGACUUUCAACGUAACAAGUCCAGAGCCACUCCAAAUCAUCAAUACAACAUUGCAAGAGAAAAGGGAAAUCAACUUACCAGACAGACUAGUGUUAUUUUGUAAAGUUUCUGGAAUUCCAAAACCUACUAUAAAGUGGUAUAAGAAUGGUGUUGCUUUUCAAACAUCAGAAACAAAACGGAUCCACAUUUCUCAAGAUAAGGAAACAAUCUCGUUUGCGCACACUGCAGCACAAGAUGAGGGCACUUACAAAUGUGAGGCAAAGAACAGACUGGGCAGUGUCACGAAGCAGCAAACAGUAAAAUUUAAAAAUCUUCCUCAAGCGGCCUAUGGUUGGUUUUUAACUAUAAUUAUAUUGCUUAGCUUGAUAUCCAUUGGGACCAUAAUAUUUAUCGUCUUUAAAAUCCAAAGAGAAAAGCAACAGCAAAGGGAACUUGAAAUUUUAGGCCUGACUAAUUUUCGAAACGGUGCUGUGGAAAAUAUCAAUCCUGAGCUUGGUAUCGAUGAACAGGCUGAUCUUCUACCUUAUGAUCAGAAAUGGGAGUUUCCAAGGGAACAUCUGAAGCUGGAUAAGCAACUAGGAUCGGGUGCUUUUGGUGUAGUGAUGAAAGCUGUGGCAAAAAAUAUUGUGGAAAGAGAAUACGAAACUACCGUGGCUGUUAAAAUGGUUAAAAAGAAUACCGACCAUGCUUGUAUCAAGGCGCUAGCGUCGGAACUGAAAAUAAUGAUCCAUCUAGGAAAACAUUUAAAUAUCGUCAACUUGCUAGGAGCUUGUACGAAAAAUGUCGCUAAAAGAGAAUUAUUGGUAAUCGUCGAAUUCUGUCAAUUUGGAAACCUGCAUAAUUAUCUUCUUAAGCAUAGAGAAAAUUACUUAGACCAAGUAGAUUCAAAAUCUGGUAGGAUAAAUUAUGUGACUAGCCAGAAAUGUUUAAAUUGGACUUCAGACUCUGAUAACGAAGGUAACGUCCAGUUAAAUUCACUCGGAUAUAUUGAUAUGAGAUUAUCCAAAGAUAAUAAGAAAUCAGUUGUACCAACUUCUUGUGAUAUAACUGAUUAUCGAACUAAUCCUAAUAUUGAUGUACGUCCCACAACAAAUAUGGCUGAAAUAUACCAAAGUGAAGAUGGAAUAACUCUUAACAAGGACACUGGCAAAACAAUUUGCACAAAAGAUCUCCUGACUUGGUCUUUUCAGGUUGCCAGAGGCAUGGGAUAUUUGGCUUCGAGAAAGGUUCUUCAUGGAGACUUGGCAGCGAGGAACAUACUUCUGACCAAUGACAAUGUUGUCAAAAUCUGCGAUUUCGGUCUAUCAAGAAGCACGUACAAAAAUAUGAAUUACAAAAAACAAUGCGAUGGUCCUUUACCAGUAAAGUGGAUGGCAGUGGAAUCGAUAACGGACGGAAUAUUUUCAACUCAAUCUGACGUUUGGUCAUUUGGUGUAGUCCUGUGGGAAUUCUUCUCAUUGGCCAAAACUCCCUAUCCAGGCAUGGAAGCAGAUGAAAUAUUUUUUAGAAAAUUGAUGGAUGGGUAUAGGAUGGAAUCGCCGCAAUAUGCAUCCAAAGAGGUGUAUAAAAUAAUAACAGCUUGUUGGUCUCAUAAGCCUGAAGAUCGACCUUCAUUCGAAAAAUUGUCGAAAUUGUUGGGGAAUUUACUAGGAGAGACAGUGCGAAAACACUACAUUGACCUAAACGACCCAUACCUGGUGAUGAACACUCAACGUCUUGGAGAUGGUGAGAGCGAUUAUUUAGCUAUGCUAAGACCUCUUACAUUUGGGACCCCCUCAUCUCCUUAUGUAAAUGAAAUAGCGACCAAAGAAUUAUCCGAAGAUUCAGGUUACGUCUGUAUGAAGCCCAAUGCAAGAUUGGGCCUAAUGGAAGACGUUCCAAUGAUCGAACUAAGUGAUCCCAAGCUGAACCCUGAGGAAGGAAAUACAACUGCUGCUAAUGCAGCAGCGAUGAACUAGCAGUAGUAGAAUAAAUCAGUAUAAAAUUUCAUCAAUGAUGGAACAUAAUCAUCUAUUAUGUUAAAGUAUUAUUUUAUAGUAGAUUUUAAAGUACAUUUAAUUAUAGAGCAACCAGUAAUUUUUACAUGUAAUUUUGAGAUUAAUAAAUUUAUUCUG